GGUAAACAGAGCACUGAGCGCAGUUGUCACCUGAGGAGCGUCUUCACACACCGGUGUCGUCUGAAAUUGACAAACUGAUCAAAUUCAGAGAUAAGAUCAGGUCCGGAUUCGAUAUGCAAAGAGCAGCAGUGCUUUUAGUUCUGGCAUUCUCUUCGUCCGCCUUUUCUUUGGACAAUGGUCUGAUGAGGACUCCACCUAUGGGCUGGUUAGCCUGGGAACGGUACCGCUGCGAUAUCGACUGUCAGAAUGACCCUCAAAACUGCAUCAGUGAGAAAUUAUUCAUGGAUAUGGCUGACAGGUUGUCUGAGGACGGCUGGAAAGAGCUGGGUUACGUCUACGUAAACAUCGAUGACUGUUGGUCCUCAAUGCAGAGAGACGGACAGGGUCGACUUCAGGCUGACCCCAAGAGGUUUCCGGGUGGCAUCGCUAAGCUGGCGCAUUACGUUCAUGAGCGCGGUUUAAAACUGGGUAUCUAUGGAGACAUGGGCACGCACACGUGCGGUGGGUACCCGGGGACCACUCUGGAUAAAGUUCAGAUAGAUGCACAGACGUUUGCCGAUUGGGGCAUCGACAUGCUUAAACUGGACGGGUGUUACUCCAACUCCACCUAUCAGGAGAAGGGUUACCCAAUGAUGUCAAAAGCCCUAAAUGCUACAAACCGUCCUAUCGCCUACUCCUGCAGUUGGCCCGCCUACCAGGGAGGACUUCCACCCAAAGUGAAUUACACACUGUUGGGUGAGAUCUGUAACCUGUGGCGUAACUAUGGUGAUAUCCAGGACUCUUGGGACAGCGUUCUGUCUAUUGUUGAUUGGUUCUUUAAUAAUCAGGAUGAACUUCGGCCCGCGGCCGGACCGGGGCAGUGGAAUGAUCCAGACAUGUUGGUCAUUGGAGAUUUUGGCCUCAGCAUGGAACAGUCGAAGGCUCAGAUGGCGCUGUGGGGGAUCUUGGCCGCGCCUCUCUUUAUGUCCAACGAUCUGCGGACGAUAAGCAGCGGCGCUCGUGCCAUCCUGCAGAAUAAAGUGGCCAUCUCCAUCAAUCAAGACCCAUUGGGCAUCCAGGGCAAACGCCUGCUGAAAGAGAAGAGCGGCAUCGAGGUCUUCUGGAGGCCUCUGCAUAAAGGAGCGAGCGCUUUGGUGUUCUUCAGCAGACGUUCAGACAUGCCGUAUCGCUAUGAGACAUCAUUGAAGACUCUCAACUACAUACCCGGCGUCUAUGAGGUGUAUGAUGUGUUCAUGGAGCGCACCGUGUCGACUCUGAAGGACAGCACUGAGUUUGUUGUAUCCAUUAACCCGUCUGGUGUGGUCAUGUGGUACCUCUCUCCAGCAUCUGAUUGGCAGGAAGACUCUCUUCAUUUCAAUAAGAAGCUGAGUGGACCAACGUUCUAUCGGCAUGCUAAAGAUGCUCACGCUCCUCUUGUGCUCUGACCUGCUCUCAUUGGCUCAUGGAUUUCAGAAUCAUUUGUCUAAAGGUAACGCCCACUGGACACUCAGGGACAUCAUUUAACCAAUGAAAAGUGCCUACAGUCAGCACAUCUCUUGAUUCACUUUUAUAUAGGGGUUGUUUCUACUAAAUGUGAUUUUUUUUUUAUUUUUUUUUAUUGUUUAAAUUGCAAUCUUGAGCUGAUGAAUGCCGGAAGUUCUUUAAACAGUUUUUACAAAAAUGAAAAACAAUUAUGUAAGUUAAUGUUGUACUUGAUAAAAUCAUGCUGUUGAAAUCAAUGUCGGUGAUGUGUGCGGCUGUGUUUUUAUCUUGAAAUAAACUGUUGUGACCAGA